AUGUCAUCGACAAAUAUUCAUUCAACACUUGAUUUUAUGUCAUCUUCAACAGUUCUUUCACCAAUUUUACCAAGUUUAUCUGAAUUACUUGCACAAGAACGUUUGACUAAUUUAAUUCGUCCUUGUCUUCAACAAAUUUUUAAAAUUUUACAAAAAUUUCAUCCAUUAUCUAAUUUACUUAAAAUACUUUAUCAAUAUAAAGAUGAAUUUAUAUUACUUAUUGAAAGUAUUCUACAAUGGUUCUAUCUUCAUUUCUAUUCAGCUCUUAUUGGUGAACAUUUAUUUGGAUUAAAACGAACAGCAGAUCAUCGAUUACGUUCUAUUAUUUUUUCAGUUUUUUUACCUUAUAUUAAAUUAAAACUUAAUUCAUUCUAUGAACAAAUGCGUACAAAUAAUACUAAUCGUCAUAUCAUAUACUAUAUGAUUCUGCAAAUUUUACCUAAAAUUCAAAUUUUCAUUGAUGGUCUUAGUUGGCUCUAUCGUUUGAGUUAUGCAUUUGGUUUAACUAAAUAUUAUAGUCCAAAUCUUCAUUUAGCAAAUGUUAAAUUAACUUAUGCCAAAGAUCCAUCACCAACUAUUCCAUCAUUAUCAAAUACUACUCGAUUUUUAUCAAUAAUUAGUCAAAUUAUUUCAAAUGGUCUAUUUGUUAUUCAAUUAAUCGAUUGGUGGAAUAAUUCAAAACAAAACUCUAUCAAUCAUAUUACCAAUCUAUCAUUAUCUUUUAAUGAUCGAAAACGAUCUAGAAUUGAUGGUAAAUAUCAAUGUCCACUUUGUCAACAACCAUGUAAUAUACCAACGGUAAUACUUGGUUCAAGUUAUGUUUAUUGUUAUGCAUGUAUUAAUGAUUAUGUUCAACGAUAUCAUCGAUGUCCAACAUCAAAUAAACCAAUAACAAAUGAACAUUUAGUUAAAAUUUAUUAA